AUGCCCGCUCGUGAGGUUCUAAAGUAUCAGACUGAACUCAUUCAGACUGCGAAUGCUAUCUGCACUCCCGGUAAGGGGAUCUUGGCUGCUGAUGAGUCCACUGGUACCAUCAAGAAGCGUUUCGAUGCUGCUGGUAUCGAGAACACUGAGGAGCAUCGUGCUGCCUACAGAUCUCUUCUAUUUACUGCACCUGAUGCUGGCAAGUACAUAUCUGGCUCCAUUCUAUUCGAGGAGACUCUUUUCCAGAAGAAUGCUGAAGGUAUCCCGAUGGUCGACUUGCUUAAGAAGCAGGGUAUUAUUCCCGGCAUCAAGGUCGAUAAGGGACUUGUCCAGCUCGCUGGUACCGAUGGUGAGACUGCCACUCAGGGACUUGAUGGUCUUGCUGAGCGUUGCCAGAAGUAUUACGAACAGGGUGCUCGCUUCGCCAAGUGGAGAGCUGUUCUGAAGAUUGACGAAGCCAAGCAGAUGCCUUCUCAGCUCUCCAUCGAGGAGACUGCGCACACUCUUGCUCGUUACGCGUCUAUCUGCCAGGCCAACGGUCUUGUUCCUAUCGUCGAGCCCGAGACAUUGAUGGAUGGUGAUCAUACUAUUGAGACUUGUGCCUAUUACACUGAAAAGGCUUUAUCCGCUUUGUUCAAGGCUCUUAGCGAUCAGCAUGUUCUUCUCGAGGGUUGCCUCCUCAAACCUAACAUGGUUACUGCUGGUGUUGACUGCCCUGUGCGCCCCACCCCUGAGAAGAUCGCUGAAUUGACUGUCCGCACUCUUGCUCGUACUGUCCCUCCGGCUCUUGCAGGAGUUGCCUUCCUUUCUGGUGGUCAGAGCGAGGAGGAGGCUUCCGUCAAUCUGUCCGCUAUGAACGCACUCCCUAACGAGCGUCGCCCAUGGUCUCUCACUUUCUCGUUCGGUCGCGCUCUCCAGGCCAGUGCCAUCAAGACUUGGUCUGGUAAGGAGGAGAACACCAGGGCUGCUCAGGAAGCUUUCCUUGUUCGUGCCAAGGCUAACCAUGAGGCCCGUCUCGGCAAAUAUCAUAGUUCUGGUGACAAGUCUGCUGAUAAGUCUCUGUAUGUGAAGAACUAUGUCUACUAA